GAAGUCGCUUAAAGUUACUGCACAAUGAGUUUACACGUGUUUUGGCCAGCCAGUGCCUGUUUAACACUUUUUGUAGUUGGCGUUAUAAUGAUAUUACUCAAAUAUGGACCACGUAUUUGUAAAGUACGUCAUGAAUCUCUUCCUUCUGACCAAGAAUGGGAAGGAAAAACUUACUCGCGUAAACUUUCUGUUUCUAUAGCAUAACAGAGAAACAUUUUAAAAUACUUUCUAGAAAUAUAUAGGAAAGAUAUAUAAUUUACUGCUUUUACAAAAUUCUCUUAGAGAAAUAAUUGCACAAUUAUGGAUAUUGUUAUUAGCAAACAUAGUUCAAAGAUCUCUCAAUAUUAUGAAUGUUAUUUUCUUAUAGGUUGUGAGAGAUAUACGUUCUAUUACAUACUUUAAUUCCGUCCAUUUCUGUACUAAAGAGAAUCUUAUACACACACAUAUAUAUUUAUAUACUACAUUUUUAUUAAUUUUAUAUGACAAAUAAUUUUCUCUUUUUGAAAGAUUUUGUUUAUAUUAAUAUACAAGUACGUGUAUUUUAUUUGAACUUUAAAAAUAUAAAUUAAGGAUGUUUGGAGUUAAACCAAAAGGUUUCACAUCUUUAAUAGUAUAAAAAAAAAUUCAUGCAAAAGAAAUGACUUUAAAGAAAUCUCUAAUAAUAGUCAAAGCAAAGAUAGUAUUUAAAUCCGUCCAUGAUUUUAUAUUAAUAAAUAUGAUGUACUUUGCAUGACCUAUUAUAUUUAGGAUAUAAUAUAUAAA